CCCGGCCAGCCAUGAUGGCUGCUUGUUUUUGCUGUUUACGAUGUUGUUGGCACGGAACUGGGUUCAGUACCGGCCAUGUACCGUUAAAAGAUCUACCAGAAGUCAAACUAGAUACAAACCAUCUUGGUAAUGACGUCGUCAUCGUGAAGAAUGGCAGACGGAUUUGUGGAACUGGAGGAGCCCUUGCAUCUGCUCCUAUUGUACAGAACAAAGCUUUCUUCGAAGUCAAAUUACAGUCCUCAGGUGUAUGGGGCUUGGGCUUAGCCACGCGGAAGGCAGACUUACACAGUGUGCCACUGGGCAUGAACAGCGAGAGCUGGGUACUUAAAGAUGAUGGCAUCUUGAUGCACAACAAUGAGGAAAAAGGAAAAUUAGCUGAUCUUCCACAAGAGGGUGAUAUUAUUGGCGUCACCUUUGACCACAUAGAACUCAACUUCUACCUUAAUGGUAAACCAUUAGGGACUCCUUUUACUGGAAUCAAAGGAACAGUCUUUCCUGUCGUUUACGUUGACGAAGGAGCAAUACUUGACGUGCAGUUUUGUACUUUCUAUCAUCCACCACCAGAGGGCUUCGAACGAAUUAUGAUUGAGCAGUCGCUGUUGUAGGGUCUGCAGGACAGACGGACGUACCACUGCCACAGUCAAUUUUUCUUAAAGGGAAACUAUAGGCAGGAGAACUAGGGGUCAAAUUGAUGGUCUCCUAGUAAUGCAGAGAUAUUUCUGCAAGUUUGACUCAAGCGCCACACACAAAGGAGUGAUUAGAAUCGCUGUUGUGUGACAAAAGAUCUCUUGUCUGCCGUCAAAAUCGGGAAUCACUGGGUUUAAUUCUUAUUGCAGGGACCUCCUAUAUGACCACCGCAAAAGACUGAUUAUCGUUGCAUGCAGGUUAAAAUGCAGGUAGCAGUGAUUUAAAAGAAUGUCUUGAUCACCUGUUUGGCAGACUGUUGUCUUGACAUAUCAUAACAACAACAAAAAAUAAAAAUGCAAUCAGGGCGGGGGUUGUUGAUUAUCAAUGUCUGAGUGACAAGCAGUGAACAACGAAGGAUGCCAUCUCUGCUUGCUCCGGGAUGAUGUUCUUGAGAUGAUGCCAAUCUAAUGUAGGUCAUUACUGAGUUCUUGUAUAGAGGGGGCUGCUGAAUGCAAUAAAAAAUGUGCUGAGUUAUUGUACAACGCAUUUCUCUAAACUUUUGGAUGUACAGUGGAACCUCCCUUAGUGGACACCUCUCUAUUAAGGACACUAGUUUUGGUACCAUAUUGGUUCUUUCCAUUCAAUUUGACCUCUCUUAUCAGGACACCUCUCUAUUAGGGACAGAACUUGUCAGUCCCGAGGGUGUCCUCAAUAGAGAGGUUCUACUGUGUGUAGGCCCAUCCACUCAAAAUCUCAGUGAGAAUCAGAAGUACUGAAGCAUCAUUUUUCUUGAGACAGCAACCUUUAAAUUUAGAGCAGUCUAGUCACAAUGUAUAAUCCAAUAAUGUUUGCGACAUGAUGAAAAAAUACUCGACAAUAAUUGCUACGCAAACAUUUUUCUGUCAAGUCUUGCAAGUUUUAGUGGAGUUCAUUUGUACAAUUUUUAGUAUUACGGUUUUUAAUUUAUCAGUCAGCUAUGAAUGAAGGCAUAGCGCAAAAUUAUGACAAGCCUCAGGGAAGGUGCUGUGUGGAGAUUGACCUCGCAUUAAGGUUUUGGGAGUAUUGAAGGUAAGGGCAUCAUGACUAGGUUUGUAGACAACAAAUGGCAUACACUUUAGCAUAUGUAUCUCUGGAUCCCUAGAUGGUAUACUACCGUACAUGUAGUACAACAUACGAAAAUAUAAAGGGUAAACCAAAAAAAGAUACAUAUUGAAUCCUCAAUGGUGAUAUUAUUGCGGUUGAAUGUACAGUAGAUUGUAUAACGACUGGGUUUAUUUAUUCUCCAAAUUUUGUCUCGUACAGUCGCUUAAUUAUAAUCGACUUGUAGCUUAUAUACAUGUAUCUCGGAGUUGUACAUAUUUUGUGGUCUGUUUGUUGCCAUUCGCUUAUGUAUUUGUAUAGUGGAAACUCCCUUAAAGGACACCUCUAUUAACACCUUCAGCGUCGAACCACGUAGAUCUACGUAGCGCAAAUCCCCCCUCUUUGAGCUGGUUAUCGGAGUCUCAUGGACUUCAUGAAAGAUCUACGCCAUCGCCAUCUUCAGGGCAAGGCAGGAACUGGAAGACCUCUUCUUGUCUGUUCAGUUCCUACCUUGCCCUGAAGAUGGCGAUGGCGUAGUUCUUUCAUGAAGUCCAUGCGACUCCGACAACCAGCUCAAAGGGGAGGGGGAUUUGGGCCACGUAGGUUCGGCGCUGAAGGUGUUAAGGAUACUAGUAUCAACAAGAGUAUAUUAAGAAAGAUCAUUUCAACCUUGUUAUUCUGAAGUGACAGAUGCCAAUAACAUAAAAUGGCAUAAAAUCAAUCACCACUAAUUGGCAGAGAUAUUCAUAAAAUGGUUGUUCUGCUGUAUUUGUAAUUCUGUGCAUACUGUAAUUAUUAUCAUAUGUUCAUGAUGUAAAAAAUGAAGCUGUAAGUAGAAUCAGAGAAUAAAGCCAAAAUCA